AUGACAAUUUCAUACAAUAAGGAUAUUGCAUCCGGAUCAUCGUCUAAUUUAUUACGCUUAAUAUUUCGUUGGAAAGGUAGCAUUUGGAAAUUAUGCAUCAAAGAACUUUGCAUUUGGACAAUAAUUUUUCUGAUUAUAACAUUUAUCUAUCGUUCGUCCUAUUUUUUAACUAACAAUCAAAAAAUAAUAUUUGAAAAGCUCAUAAAUCAUUUCAAUACUCGUCUUAAUUUUAUUCCAUUAACAUUUAUGCUUGGCUUCUUUGUGCAAACUGUUGUAAAGCGUUGGUCAGUACUGUUUGAAAAUAUGGGUUACAUCGAAAGUGCAGCGUUGUAUAUCGGUGGAUAUGUAUACGGUAAAGAUGACGAAUCACGUUUAUUACGUCGAACUAUGGCACGUUAUUUAUGUUUAACACAAUUACUCAUCUAUCGAGAUAUUAGUAUACGUGUGCGAAAACGUUUCCCAACUUAUGAUAGUAUCAUUAAAGCAGGAUUUAUAUUAGAAAAUGAAUGUGAAAUAUUGGAAUCAAUUCAAUUAGAUUAUGAUAAAUAUUGGGUACCUAUUAAUUGGAUUUAUGCGCUUAUUUUUCGUGGGCGCAAAAGUGGUAAAAUUGUAAGCGAUACAUUCGCCAAUAAACUUUGUGAUGAAAUAAAAAAUUUUCGAUACCAUCUUCAAGUAUUGUGCAACUAUGAUUGGAUUCCAAUACCAUUAGCAUAUCCACAGCUGGUAUUUUUAGCUGUUUACGUUUACUUUGCUGUAUGCUUAAUUUCGCAACAAUUUAUAAUUACAGACCGAGAUAUACCAAAUAAAAGUAACAUUGAUCUAAUACUGCCAUGUAUUACAAUGAUGGAAUUUAUAAUAUUUGUUGGUUGGAUGAAAGUAGCUGAAGGUCUUUUAAAUCCAUUUGGUGAAGAUGAUGAUGAUUUCGAGAGCAAUUUUUUACUUGAGAAAAAUUUAACAGUAUCAUUAUGUAUGGUUGAUAAUGCAUCAAAUGAUGCGCCAAAAUUAGAAAAAGAUCAAUUUUGGCCAAAUAAUAAAGCAAAUAUAAUUUAUGCUAAAAAAUUCACCGAUGAUAUGAUCAAGCAAUCUGUUGGCUACGCUACAUUAUCAUUAUAA